CGGAGAAAUUUACGAAGAUAGUAAAACAAAGCAAAGUGUAAUAGUGAGUACGAACCAUUACGCAAAUUGUCGUCCAGGAAUGAUAUGCUUCAUGAGGUGAAGUUCGUUCAUAAGUUCUAAGUACUCCAACAAUUGGGACUUAUCUAAAUGUAUAAGUGAGAAUUCCUAGAAUCUUACUUCGCGAUUAAUUAAUUUUUUUUACGAACUGAAGGUUUGAUGGCGUUUGAGCCGGAUUCUGCUAUUUCUGCAGGGAAUGAACUAGAAGAGCAUUUAAAUUAUUUGCUAUAUUCUCCAGAAAAAGAUGUACUGAAAAGAGAACAUCUAGUAGUUGGGAACUAUUCGGAGCAAGGGGAACCAUGGGCAAAGAAACUUAAAGGUGAGGAUUCUACAGCAUGGCCUUCUGAUCACACUGAACACCAUGUCCGAGAAGUAGAUAUAGAGGAACAGGAUCCAAAGAAGAGUGUUUCAGAUGUAUUGAAUUCGUCUUACAAAAGAGGAGCUGACGAACCAUUACUAUCUGAAGUUGCAUCUAGUUGGUAUAUGAGAAAAACGUCUGAAACUAGUUCGCAUACAGAGAAAAUUGAGAAAGCUAUAGCUGACUUGUUAGAAGGCGAAGACCAAGAGACUUCUUUGCAACAAGUGGCAAUACAGCUUGCUACCUCAAAGUACGAAAAAUACCAUGUUCUAUUCCCUGAAGAAGCUUUACGGGAUCCAUCAGAACUAUGUGAUUUGUUGAAGAAAGUUUUAGUAAAUUCUGUCCAAAGUUCCAUGGAGUCGGGAAGUCAACCCUUUUUUCAGUUACGACAAGCCAUCAAUGGCAAUCUUAUUGUGAGCACUAUUCAGACGACUCCUCUGUAUUCGCAGAAUAUAUUGGACUCUUCACCUGCUUUGCAUGAGGAAGCCUCCAUUCUGUCAAACAGUGUGCCUGUUCCAGAGUCAGCGUCUUUGGAAGGUCCUUUCCAAUGGAUCCGGAACAAUGAGCAAACAAAACUGAACGGUUUCACUGCGGAAGAAGACGAUGACUUGAUCGAAAAUCCUCUCGGAGUAAUAGAAGAAGAAUCACAUACUUCUGAAAAUCCCAAUGUUAACACAAAUAUCAAAACGGAUAAUGACACAAUUCCUUUUUACGCCGAAGAUGAAAACUGGAGGAAUAAGUUCUUAGCUGCAUAUUCAGGUGAGGAUAGUUUACCUUCCAUUGAAGAUAUUCCUCCUAGUUCUGAGUCACUACCUCCGCUUUUUGAAUGAUACUGUUUCGACUGAUGUAGGUCAUUUAUUUUGUAAUUAAAUGGCAGGAUUUUGAGUUAUUUACAAUUGGACUCAUCGUCUAUAUGGAGUUGCUAUCUCUCAGUUUACUUUCUAUUUAUUUUAUAACCGGUUACACACGAAGCUUUCUACUAUAUUAGUUUUAACUAGACACAAACAACGUCAUUUCUUACGGUAAUAGGAAAAAUAUGGAUCUACAUAAUUUUGUAGAACGUAAAAAUUAAUAUUAUUAAAUGACUUUUGUUUCACCAA